AUGGGUACACCAGACGGCGGGCAGAACAAGAAGAAGAAGCGGAACAGCCCCGGGGCGGCCCCAGAGGAGAAGCGCACCAAGACAGGGCGCGCAUGCGACGCUUGUCGAACCAAGAAAAUCCGCUGCGACAUCCUCUCUUCAGACGACGACACGCAGCCAAUCUGCGCGCACUGCAAACAGUACAGCAUCGAAUGCACCUUCUUCCUGCCGAUCACAGAAACGCGUUUCAAGAAGAAGCGUUUGGCGGAAGCCGCGGCGUCGCCGGCGAGCAAACCGUCCCUCAACGGCCCGGACGGACGGACCCCCGGCGGCCCGGCAUCGAUACUGUCCCUCGUGCAUUCCCAGGUACCCACGAGCUCGUUUGAGCGCUUUGACAUGGCAAACCACGCCCACUGGGAGGUGUCAGAGGACGCGGACGGGCGCAUCAAGGUCGAGGCGCACGCGGAACAUCCAAGCGAUGCUGAUGGCGCCAGCGCCCAGCGACUCGCAAAGUACGUGCUUCCGCCGAAUAUGAUGAGCGCCCUCGUCAACUCGUACUUUGACCACGACUCAAAGUAUCUGCCCAUCAUCGACCGCGCCGAGUUUUUGCGACAACGAAAACCGUACCCCCUCCUGCUGUACGCCAUGUGUGCGGUGACAGCGACGCGGCGCGAGUUCCCGCGCGAGGUGUUCUCGCGCAUGCGCGGGUUGGUGAAUGGGCUUUUGCGCGCCAACGAGAUUUUGAGCCACACCAAAAUCGAGCACAUCCAGGCGUUGUUGUUGUGUUGCACGAACGGAGAUUUGAACGCGCAGCCAACAGCACCCACAGCGAGUGCGGCAGUCCUCCGCCUCAGUAUAGCGUGCCGGAUGGGGCAGGAUCUCAAGCUCCACCGUGAAGAUAAGAGCAGUGACAGCAAACCUUUGACAUUAGAGCAGCAGGAAGCGCAACAGCUGCAGCGCCGUAUCUGGGCUGCGCUCAUGGUCUACGAUGCGUGGUAUGGGUGCGCUCUGGCGCUGCCCGUAAUAACCGACGUGGCGGACUGUGACGUGCCCAUCCCUUCACCAUAUCGUGUCACACCAGACGGACCAGUUUUCGACGAGAGCUACGCCUGCCUCGGCGAGAACCUCAAGCUAGCGACGAUCACGGCGCGCAUCCUCCGCGCAAUGUACGGCCCAACAGGCAUGAACCGGAACACGGAUGCGGACUUGAACGGGAUCCUCGACGACUUGGCUGCAUGGCACGACAACGUCCCCGAGCAGCUGCGGUUCAAGGGCCCCGAGAGCUCGACUCUAGCCGGCAUGCUGCGGAUGCAGUUCACCGCCGUGCAAUUCCUCUUCUGGCGGUGCUGGCUGCGCACGACGCACCCGCCCCCACCGCAGAUCACGAUCGUGCUGAGCGUGUCGCGGUGGCAGCAGCUGGUGCAGCUGUCCAGAGAGAGCAUCGAGUGGCUGAACGAGCACGACCACACGCUCGACACAUUCUUCGUGUUCCCGUACACGGCAACAUCGUGCGCGCUGGUGCAGUACCACAGCUGGGCGCGGAAGCGGGACCCUGCGAUCCUCGAAACGCUCAAGCUCGUACACGACGUCGUCGCGCGCUGGGAGGACGCGCUGCAGCCGGAACAGAUGAGCACGCGCAAAAAGAGCUGCGAAACCAUGAUGCUGCUGUACGAGGCGGCGCUCAAGACGGUGCCGGACGACGACCGGUACGAGCGCUCGGAGGGGACGCCGGGGAGCAGUGUGUCGCGGGGCACGGAGGGGGGACACGCGCCGGCAUUCGGGAGCCGGUCGGCCGCGCACGCGCAGCGCGCCCAGCAGACGAGAUACCUCGAGCGGCUGGAGGGCGACGGGCCGCACGUCGUAAGCUACGACAACGAGGCUAAUCCCGGCGCCGAGCUCGUCACCCUCGACGAGGCGGGCGACGACGCCCUCCUCUUCCUCGACAACCUCCCGAGCUCAAACUACGACUGGGCCGCGUGGUGA